GCAACCCUCAACCUCUUCCAGUCAUGCCCUCAACGCAUGCCAAAAUAAACUGUCGUCCUCACCCGCGUGCAGCUGCGUCACCUGUCAAUUACUGUAUGUGUGAAUUGAGAAAGGAUCCAGGAUCCAGCAGGAUACACGGAGAUAUAUUUUAAUGAAACCAUAAACUGCGCGGCGCGCUCAACCAUGGCUGAGGAACUGUCUUCCCUGGAGAAUGAACUGAAGUGCAGCGUCUGCUUGGAGGUUUUUAAACAUCCUGUGACGCUUCCCUGUGGCCACAACUUCUGCCAAACCUGCUUGGAUGACACCUGGUCUGACGUCCUCAUCCUAUUUUGCCCUCAAUGCAGGCAUCUUUACCCCACCAAACCUGAGCUGAGGAAAAACACUCUCCUAACGGCCGUUGUUGAGUCCUUCAGCAGAUCAUCCACAUCGAAAUCGGACCGCACCAAAGAUCUAGAACUAAACCUGUGUGCAGCGGACACUGAACUUGUCAAAUGUGACACAUGUCUGGUGGCCAAGGCGAUAUACACCUGCCUUACCUGCAUGGCGUCUUACUGCGAGGAGCAUGUUCAACCACACCACAGGAGCCCUGUUUUUAGAGCGCAUCAGCUAGUCGAGCCUAUUCGAGACAUACAAAAACAGAUUUGCCAAGACCAUGUCAAGUUCAUGGAAUUCUUCUGCCAGAACCACAACUACACAUUUUGCAGCAGCUGUCUGCAGUGCCAUCGGGAAUGCCAGUACACCACACUUCCGGAAGGACGGACAAUAAAAGAGUCUAACAUGAAGGGCAUGCUGAGUGUCUUGGAGCCCCAAAUUGACAAGGCCAACGCUGCCAUUGCCCGAGUGGAGAAACAACAGCUACAACUGCAGGAUGACGCCGUUGCCCAGAAGAUGUCGAUGAGAGCGGAGUAUGACGUCAUCCGGCAGCUGAUCAACAUGGCUGAGAAGGAGGCCUUGGCAGACGUGGAUAAGGAUGUGGCCAGCAGUAAGGCUACUAUGCAAGGCCUCAUCAAGAAGGUCAACAAGAAUGUGAAGAAGAUGAACGCAGCUGUGGUGGAAGUGAACAGCCUUCUGUCAAAGGCAGACACAAUGGCAUUCCUCAAGGCCCCAGUAAAACUGCCUCCGGGUGCCAACAGUAAUCCUCAGUGUCCCUGUGUGACUGUGGCCUCUGAGGCAGUGCUGGCCGGUCACUCCUGUGCUGUCGCUAUAAAGGACCUUUUGAGGGAAGUCCUGGCAAUGCCUGCAGAAAACCGCCCCCCACUUCUUCAACCAGGUGGCCCCAAGGUUCCAGAGAAGGCUUCUCCAGUAGCAGAGAUGGCCCUUGAGAAGAGAGAGCCCUCCUCCCCUGCGAGGCUACACGCUGUGGCAAUUCCUCACGACAUCUCAACUGCUAUGAAAAGAUGUGACCUUUUGAAAUUUGGCUCCACUCUUCAGUUUGACCCCAGAACAGCCCACAGGACCAUCGUCCUCUCUGCAGACCUCACCACAGCGUCCCGGUCGGCCGAGCCCAACCCAUAUCCCGAUGGGCCCGAACGCUUCCUGGUCUGUCCACAGGUGCUGUGCUCCACAGGCUACCUGCAGGGAUGCCACUACUGGGAGGCCAAGGUGAGUGGAACCAGGCUGUGUGGCUUGGGCCUGGCCUACGGUUCUAUGAACCGCAGGCUUCCCAGUAGCCGCUUGGGCCUCAACGCACAGUCCUGGUGUUUGGAGUGGUUCAACGACAGGCUGACAGCGUGGCACAACGGCGUGGAGACUGUGGUGGACAACCCCUCGCCAAAACGUGUGGGAGUGCUGCUGGACUGUGACCGUGGUUCGGCCACCUUCUACGUAGUGGGUGACCGUGCCUACCCGUUCAUGAUGUUUGCAUUGCCCUGCACGGAGGCUGUCUACCCGGCCCUCUGGAUCUGCUCGGUGGGAGCGACCGUCCUGCUCUGCAAGCCCCAGUAGGAUUGCAUGAUGGUGGUGGUGUGCACAGCUAGCCUGACAAGCCAGACCAUUCAUUUUAAAUUACUUUGUAAUUCACAAAUGGUCUGAUUACGCUUCUCUGGGGGAGGGUUUUCAUUCGAACACCAGACAGGCGGUGUUACCAGCCAAUAAGCGAACGCACUUGGGAGCAUAGUAACAUAUGUCAUGAACGUCAACUGUCACCGAUUGGUCAGAGCUACUUUAAAACCAGAGCUGAGCUCACUCCUCCCACCCAAGUGCUCCAGGUUAUCGAGGAUCCAGACCAAAAAUUUAUUACGAUGUAAUUAAUGUGGUCUGGUAAAACUAGGCUAGUGCACCCCACCACAGAACACUAUUAGUAGGUUUGUUUGAAAUUAUCUGGCUAGCAAGCGGCAGGGUUAAAGUGAUACAUUCUGGAAUGGUGAUGUCCAUGCUGGUGGUGGUGAUGUCUCUGUUGUAUGCUUAUGCUUGUAGUACACCUGGCCAAGCCAUCCGCAAGCUUCCACUCAAUUCUCAUCUCCUUACAUGUUACAUCUGGGUUUUGAAUUCAAGGUAGAUUACAAAAAUUGGUUUGCAACAAGGCCAUGGGGGAGGGCAAGGGAAGGGGAUAAUGAUGAUAGAUUAUAGAUAUGAAAGAUCACAUGUCAUGAGCAAACGUUUGCCUUCUGCACAGGUCCAGACCUUGUGUACAAAACCAGUAUGAGGGUAUAGAAAGGACAGGGUAAUAGUAUGGUAUAAACUAGAGUAUCCAGAAAUGUCAUGAUUUCACAUCAAAGAAAUGUAUCACUAGCCAGCCAUGCUGUUUUAGACAAGCACAAAUAAGCAUUUAUGAUCGUGCUUUAAUAGACUUAGAUAUAUCAAAACUUCAUGAAAUAAACACUUUAAUUUUAGUCACCUAAUAGUUUAUGAUGUGAUCUGCAUUACAAAUAACGGUAAAGAAUGUAAUAAAGGCACAAUUGUCCAUGAAUUAACUGUCAUUUAUUUUUUCAAUUGUGUUUAGAUGACUUUCAAUAGGUAAGCAGGUGUAAUAAGUUUGGUUAUAUGCCCAAUAAGUUUUGAGUAUAAAGAUGUCGUUGAGAUAAAGAAGUCAUACUACCAAUGACAAGCAGAAGAGACUCUGACUGAUAUCUUAUCUCAAAGUAAUCCAAGUGAAGUCGACCUCAAGGUUGGGGUAAAUUAUCUAAUAGAAGAGCCUGGAGUUGUUGUUUUCUUAAUUAAAUGACUACUACUGGAAAUCUAUUAUAAGGUUUAGCACUUCUUGUAGAUUGACUCAUGUUCUUGGAAUAGCCCCAGAUCCAGUGGUUGGUCUUAAUGGGAAAACAUGUUAUUGCCCCUUUAUGCAUGGUUCUAGAUCUAAAUGGUUAUAACUCUUUAUAUGAUAAAUUAUAAUGGUCUUAACAUUAUGUGCAUAUAAACCAGUGUCAACAUGCUUUAAAGAUGACAAAUAUUGGCCCAACAUAACAUCGAUCUGUAAUUAAGACAUGAUUAAAAGAGCUUAUAGUGGGUGCUAGUGCAAACAGCUAAAAGAUAAUGUUUAUGUGACAUGUAUUGUGAGUUGGUUAGAAACAGGAGUUAUUCAAUGUCAUUAUUAACAGUCUGCAUUUAUUAAAACCAGAUAAAGAUACAAAGUAUUUAUAACAUUGAUAUUAUUUAAUUCACCUAGCAUGUCUGUGCAUAUUAAGCCAAAUCUUGAGACGAAAACCCCAAUGCAAGACAAAGGAAAAAGAGGUGUUGUAAUUGCUAGACAUGUAUAACAAUGUCAGACAGAACAAAUGCUACAAUUAAUCAAUACAUAAGUUAUUGUCAAAGUACUCCAUGCCAACAAAACAAACAAAUAAAAAAGCAAACAAACAAACAAAAAACAAAUGGAAAGGAAAAUGUACUGAGACUGAAUACUGAAAACACCAACAUGGAAGUGUGAAAACAAAUGCUCAAUGAUAACAGUUAAGGCUUAAAAUGUAAGAAAAAAAGAGGAAGGAAAAUGAUAAGAUGAUGGAUAGAAUGGAUUAAUAAAAAAAUGAUCAAUACUUACAAUUAGGAUUAAUAAAUGGAAAUAUACUAAUACAAAAAAUCCAACAGUAAAUACAGUCAUUUGAAAUUUUUGCACUAUAAAUGAAUACAGGGUUAAUUUUUGUCAUAACAAAUGUACACUUCUUAUUUUUUUUACUAGCUUUAUGACGACAGGGAGGGAAGAGGCAGGGUGGGGUAUUGGCAUAAAGAAGUGUGUGUGUGUGUGUGUGUGUGUGUGUGUGUGUGUGUGUGUGUGUGUGUGUGUGUGUGUGUGUGUGUGUGGCAGAUGGCCAGCAUAAAAUGAUCUGCAGUUGUAGAUACUAAGCUUUGACUUGUAAACAUGCUUCUGUUCCAUCACCUCCAGAGUGUUUGAGGAGACUGGGGGGUGCAUUCCAAUACGCAGACUUCCGUCCUCCAUUGCUCACUUGCCUGCUUGUAACCUCAUGAUGAUGUCACAGACGACAGAAAAUUAAUUAAAUAUCUUGCAAAAGCACAAUUCUUAUGUCAUUUUCUCAUUUUCAAUCGGGAUGGUGGAUGAAAAACAGUCCUCUAAAAGUUGUUGUGGCUAGGCAGACAGCGGGGAAACUUUAUUGUUUUCUCCACGGAGGUGGGGCCAGGAGGCGGGGUGAGGCCACAAGCACAAGUCGAGGACGGAAGGCCGCAUAUUGGAAUUGCAUCUCCGGAGUGCACGAGAUGAGAGUGCACAACUGCCUCUCUCCCACUUAAUACAGGCCCACACAAUAAAUUAUACAGUGUCAGAUCAACACUUUGAGUGUCAAACCAAAUGCUGAUAAUUUCGCAUCAACACUGCUCAAUUUACUGUGCAUGUUUUGUGACCCUUCCAAAAAAAAAAAAGAAAAUAAAGUAAAGAAAUAAAAGAACAUUAUUAAAACAUUAUUUUCAAAAAAGUCUGACUUUGAAAAGCUUACACUUAACACAAACUGAACAAAGACUUGAAUCAGGGAUUGGGUUUCCUUUUUUUAUCAUUAGUACUCUCAGUACAGCACCUGGGGGAUUGCCCUCAUCAAAUGGAAAAGGAUGCAUUAUAAAGAGACAUAAAAGAAAGCAUGAUCGUCAUCUGAAAGGAAUCAAUGUCAAAUAACUCACAGUGAACCAGAACCUUUUUUAGUAACAACUUGAUCAACAUGUAGAAAUGGCAGCAUAAUCAAACGUGAUUCAGACACUCAGUAAAGAUGUAACCGAUUUCAUUCCAACUACUGUACUCUAAUUGAAAAAAAAAUGAACCCGGCACAUAUCCGACAUUAACCAAAGUAAAUAAAAGAAAAUUGUGACGAAAUCACGUUAUGUGUUUUGCACGUAACUGCACUCAACUAGCUGGCUGGCACAAGGUGGUUCUUCAAGCAAAGUCUAGCAGUUUGAUCCUCUUCAGAUUGCUAGUGCUGUGCUGUGCUGUGCUGUGCUUUAAAGGGAAUACAUCAUAUAGGCAUCCAGUCAGAAGGCCAUUGGAAGUCUUCCAGUUCCACUUGCAUCCAGCAAAAAAUGUAAAAUAAUAAUAAUUAAAAAAAAAAAAAACAGUCCAAUAGCCUUUCUGACAGGGAUGCCCUUUGAUAUCCCUGAGAGCAAAGAGAUGUUGAAUCGACCGCAUUGGAUGCCCUUUCGUCCACAAUAAUUGAUGUCGAUUGAUCAAUGUCCCUUUGCUAUCAGGGAUAGCUGCAAUUGGAGGAAUUCAUUUCACUCGACCCAAUGAACAUGGUACCAAAACAUAACAAGCACUAUUCUGGAAAUUUUGCAGCGUUAGUUCAGCAUAAUGUAGAGUAAAAUACAACACUCAAAGAUGGUGUUGAAUGAACUCUGUUGAGAAGCAUCAUGCAUCUACAACAACACCUUCUGUAUGGGGUCCAAUUGCCAUGAAACACUUGAGCAGAAAAAAAAACCCAACAACAGAGCACCACAAACCUAGCCACCAUUGCCUCGUGCGCCAGUUCUGAAUGGUUCCUUUCCAAAAGUGACAGCAAGCUUUGUGUGUGUGAGAAUGGAAUGAGCUUAACAAGUGACUGGUAUGGUACAUGUACGUAAAUGAUGAAAACAGCAAGCACACUAUGAGAGAAGUGUACUUAGUGUUUGGUUUGACAAAAUAGUAACACUUUACUUGACGCCGGUGUCAUAUGCAUGUCAUUACAGUGUCAUAAUAGUGCCAUGACCCAGUCAUAGAUGAGUCAUAAACAUUAUGUCCAUGUCAUAAACAUUUUAUGACUGUUGGGCCUAAGUGACAUUCAGUUAUGGCAAAGACAACCUUGGGAUGUCUUUCCCAUAAUCAAAUGUCACUUACAGUAAGGCCAACAGUCAUAAAAUGUUUAUGACAUGGACACAAUGUUUAUGACUCA